CAUCGUUGGAGUGCUAUUAUAUUCCUAGCUUUUGUAUGAUAGAAAAAGUUUUUGCUUGUACUGUGCUGGAUGCUACGAUAUUUGACAAAUUAAUACGACAUUUCGUGGUUGGCUUUCUUAGCAAUCUAUAAUUCCCUACUGUGUGCCUUCACUAUAGCACAUCUGUAAAAUGACGCCACAGAUAAAAUCUGUUGUUAUAGUUGGAGCCGGUACUAUGGGGUCAGGAAUAGCAAUGGUUGCAGCAGCAACAGGUCACCAUACUACGUUGGUAGACAUUGAUCAAGCGUUUUUAGAUAAAGCUCGCACGCAGGUGGCAAAAAAUAUCGAGCGGUUUGCUCGCAAAACAUUCAAAAAUGAUUUGGACUCAGCAAACUCGUUUGUAUCCGAAACACUAUCGAAGAUUCGCUACACUCUUGAUUUGGAAGAGGCAGUUCUAAACACAGACAUUGUCAUUGAGGCCAUUGUGGAAAACAUGAAAAUCAAGCAGCAAUUAUUUAAGCGGAUUGAUAAUGUUGCUCCACCGCACGUAAUUUUUGUAAGCAACACAUCUUCCCUGUCGAUAGUGGAAAUGGGUGAAGCUACUAAGCGCCAAGAUCGAUUUGCCGGAUUGCAUUUCUUCAAUCCCGUGCCUUUAAUGAAGCUAAUCGAAGUAAUCAAAACUGACAAGACUUCCGAGGAAACAUUUGCAGCUUUAAUGGCUUUUGGUGGCAAUCUGGGCAAAACGUGCAUCAAAUGCAAGGACACUCCAGGAUUCAUUGUCAAUCGUCUGCUCUUCACCCUAACUUCGGAAGCUCUUCAGAUGUUGGAGCGCGGUGACGCAACGGCUAGGGACAUUGAUGCGGCCACAAAGCUAGGCUUGGGACAUCCGAUGGGACCGUUUGAGCUUAUGGAUAUGGUCGGAUUAGACGUCACGCUGAGCAUCAUGCAGGAACGGCACGCUCGAUUCCCUAAUGAUCCAAAUGCUAAGCCUAGCUCUAUUCUAGAAAAAAUGGUUUCAUCGCAAAAGCUUGGCGUGAAAAGUGGAGAAGGGUUUUACAAUUAUAAAUGAAUGACUGUUUAUCCAAAUUUAAUAUGUAUAUCGUUGGUAAUGGGUGGAUUUCUUGGACGAAAGUAAAUGUUUCUGAUAUAGAACUUUCACAUAAAUAAUGUUAAAGUUAAAAAAAACGUCAGCAGCUUGACUGUCGUUGCCGGCUAUUAAUUUUAUCUGAGAUGAUGGGUAUGAUUGUGGACAAACUCUCCGGCAACUCAAUUUUGGAUGCGGCGAAUAUUUUUU